AUGACCGACCGUACGACGCUACUCCGGCCACCUCCUGAGGACCCCAACAAGGCGCAGAUCGAGAAUGCCCUGGACGUGACGGAACUGGCCGUACUUGGCCCCAACAUCUUCACCAACACCCGACAGCCAUGGCACCCCCCCGGAGCUCGCGGCAUCUACGGCGGCGCCGUGAUCGCGAUGUGCCUAGCCGCAGCACAGCGCACCCUAGCCUCCGACUUCCUAGUCCACUCAUGCCACUGCUAUUUCCUCCUCGCAGGCUCGUCCGAACUGCCCAUCCUCUUCCACGUCGAGCAAGUCCGUGACGGCCGCUCCUUCGCCACGCGCACCGUCCAGGCCCGACAGCGUGGCCGCUGCAUCUUCACCACCACCAUCUCCUUCGUGCGGGAUUCCUCCUUCUCCUCCUCCUCCUCCUCAGACACCACCAACGAAGACGGAAUCAGUAAAAAGGAAGAACACAAGGAACUCGCCGUCCGCCAUGCCAGCGAAAUCCCCCGCGGCGAGGACGGCCAGCCCCUCCGGCCCCCACCGGACGACUACGCCGACGAACCCGAACUCGUCGCGCAAGGCCCCUUCCAAGGCUCCCCCAUGACCCUCGUCAACCGAAACAGCUCCAAGCCCGGCGAGAAAAAGACGCGCCAAUGGGUCCGCGCGCGAGGCCGCAUCACCGGCGGACAGGCCGCACAACUCGCCGCGCUGGCGUAUGUCUCCGACAGCUACUUCAUCGGCACGCUGACACGGCUGCACAAGCUGUGGCGGUUCCCGUUUCGCGCUGAGGACCUGGAUGAGCUGCCGAGUGAUUUGAAGGAGAAGGUCACGACGCUGCAUCGGUGGGAGGGCAUGGGUGAUGACCCGCGUGAGAUGGUUGGGCGCCCGACCAUUGGGAUGAUGGUUAGCUUGGAUCAUACGAUUUAUUUCCAUGAGCCGACGCGGGUGCGCGCGGAUGACUGGAUGCUCACUGAGAUGGAGAGUCCGUGGGCUGGUGAUGGGAGGGGCGUGGUCAUGCAGAAGAUUUUCGCUAAGGACGGGACAUUGCUGGCUACUUGUGUGCAAGAGGGUCUUGUUCGUCUUCAACAACCGGCCUCAGAGAACAAGGAGUCCAAGUUGUAG